AUUUGUCUUGUCGAAAAACAUGCAUCUAUGAUCUAUCAGCGUCCCUCACCGAAUAAAAAGAGUACUUCAGAACGAAACAUGGAUACGGCUUUCCCAGCUCCAGAUGGCCCCUUCGUCUACCACUUUUUCUUCUACGAGCCUUCAGACUAAGCACUGCGAGUCUGAGGGAAGGAAACUCCCAGUUUUCACCCCCCUUCCUUACUCCAUCUCCCAGAUUCGAGCAGCCAUUCCUCCCGAGUUCUUCGUCUUCUCGACUACACGUGCACUAUUAACUCUCACACGCGACCUCAUAACCACCGCAUUUUUCUUUUAUCUCGCUCUGCGCAUACCUUCUGUCCACUUACCGGCACCGCUUGACAUAUAUUCCCCCCUUAUACGCGCCGCUGCCUGGCUCGCGUACUGGUGGUUCCAGGGCCUUGUUUUAACCGGAGUAUGGGUUCUCGGUCACGAAUGUGGCCAUGGCGCGUUCAGCCCGUAUGCAUGGCUUAACGACAUGCUGGGAUAUAUCCUGCACACGUUGCUAUGGACUCCUUAUUUCAGUUGGAAAAUAAGUCAUCAUAGGCACCACAUGAACCAUGCCAGCAUGGAACGCGACGAGGUCUAUGUCCCGAAGACGCGGUCAAUUCUUGGGAUACCGUCGAAGGAGCAGGAGAAGGAACAUGGUAUAGAUUGGGAUGAUUAUUUUGGUGAUACGCCCAUCUGGACUUUGAUGAUGCUCAUCCGACAGCAACUCCUUGCGUUUCCAGCCUAUCUCCUAACGAACGUAUCUGGACAGCCAGACUAUCCCCCAAAUACAAACCAUUUCUCGACGUCUUCCAUAUUGUUCACGCCCGAACAACGUAAUGCGGUCAUUCUAUCAAACAUCGGUAUUGGGAGUAUGUUCUUCAUCGUCAGUGCUGCCGUUAGGCAGUGGGGAUGGUGGAACGUUAUUGCACUAUACGGAAUUCCUUGGCUAGAAGUGACCCACUGGUUCAUCAUGAUAACAUACUUACACCACACGGACCCCGUACUCCCGCAUUAUCGUGCUGCGCAGUGGACCUUUGCGCGCGGUGCGGCAGCCACUGUCGACAGACCAUUCCUAGGCUGGAUGGGUAGAUGGUUCUUACAUGAUGUGGCACACUAUCAUGUUGUGCAUCACUUCUUUCCGAAAAUGCCCUACUACCAUGGCGCCGCUGCAACUAAACAUCUAAAGGCUUUUUUGGGCGAGCACUAUUGCUGGUCAGAUGAACCGAUUUGGGAAGCGCUUUGGAAUAGCUAUAAUAAGUGUCAAUUUGUGGAGAAUGAAGGCGAUGUUCUAUUCUACCGGGACAAGCGGGGGCAUGCAGUCGUUAGGGCCGUAGAUGAGAUUUAAGAUGGGAAAGAAAGACUUGGUAUUUGGAUUGUUGGCUGCAUAUUCAUGCUUUUUUCUUGGAAACAUUACAUAGUUAUAUAAUAUGUCUAGACGAAACCAAGCGCGCGUUUUGCGUCAUUCAGAAAGAACUCUCAUAAUGCGAC